GAAAAUAAGUUUAUGCCCUACUCUGUCGCAUAUGAAAGGAGGGACUCUUGAAGUACUUCUCGUCAAUGCUGAAGACAUUAGACACACAAAUAUCCUUGGAACACCAGUCUAUUAUGUCAUUACGCAAUUGGGAAGCCAUGAACACAGAAGCAGGGUAUCAGAAGCUAAAGAUGCAAAAGUAUUGUGGAAUGAGAAAUUCAAGUUUGAUUUCCCAAUGCACCGGUGGAAAAGAUUAACUCACGUUAAAUUUAGAAUCAUGGACAGGGAGUUGUUCUCAAAUGGUGGAUUUGUUGGUGAGACCAUAAUUUACCUUGGUGGAAUAAUUAGUGAGGGGAAUUACAGAGGACUUAUUGAAGUGAAACCAGCCCCAUACAAUGUAGUGCUCGAAGAUGACACUUACAAAGGACAGAUAAAGAUUGGAUUUAGAUUCAUCCCACAUAACGAGGUGCAGAAGAGACCCAAGAAUCCAUUGGACAGGUGGAUGGACAAAGACAAUCCAUUUGUAGCUCUCUUUUCAAUCUUUGGAUAUUCCUACGUUCUUUGUUCCAAAAUAGCUCCAAAAAUAAGCAGAAGGACAAUUAGGACGACCAGAAUUCACAAGUCAGUGAUCAAAGCAAUGAUGGAUACAAUGCCAUUAAUGGAAAUGGCAUAGAGUCAUUGAAAAGCCGCUGGGAUAAUUUGAUUGAGUCUAUAAGUAUCUAUGUUUAGCUUUCUUCAACAACAGGCAUGGCCAACAGAAGAAUACUUAAAUACAAAGCCUGAAUCUGUUCAUUUUUCUUUCAUAGCUGCGUAAACAACUAGCUCUAUGAUGCUCUACCCUGUUUGGUAAGACAAAUGGACAAGAAGACUUGAUCAUUUUGUACAUCUUAGUUUCCUUGCCUUUAAUUUAAAGAAUCUAAACACCCAUUUGACCUGAAUUUUUUAUAAUAACUGCCCUAAUUCUGG